CGCCGGCACCAUCACACGCUCCCAACGAGCAGUACCGCGGACGAACUUUGCAACUUUUGUGAAUUAAAAAAUAAACUUUCUCAUUGAAUGAUACACAGUCACGAUGUCCACCGUUCUGGAUAUUUGCGGACCUCUCUCCCCGCCGUCAACGCCGCCGUUGAUGGAUGUUAAAGUGGAGUCGCCCGGGCGCGCGGUCGCCGCCAAGCGCGCGCGCGAGGGCCCGCCCGCGCCCGCCGGCCUGGUGACGCCGCAGCCGUCCGACUCGGAGGGCGAGGAUGAGGGCGGCAAGCGGGCGCGCUGCGAGCUGGCGCGCCUGCUGCUGGCCACGCCGCCGCCCGAGCCGCCGCGCGCCUCCGUCAUCAUGCGCGCGCACAAGGACGGCACCUGCAGCCCCGAGCCGCUGCCGCCGCCGCCCAACAUGAACAUGCUGAAGACUCUGAAGUUCAAGCUGGAUCGGAGUCAGAGCUACUCGCAGGCGCGGGCGGCGUACGCCGCCAGCCAGCCGAGCCCGCCCGCGUCCCCGCCCGCGCCGCCGCCGCCGGCCGCGGAGCCGCGCGUGCCCGCGGCGCACGAGGAGCGCGCAGCGGCCCCGGCGGCGGCGCCGGCGCCCGGCUGGGUGCCGCUGGCGCCGCGGCCCGCGCCCGCCGUGCUGCUGCCGGGCGCGCUGCUGCCGGGCGCGCUGUGGCUGGUGGCGCCCGCGCCCGCCGCGCGCCGCCGGCUGUACGAGUGCACGCACCCCGGCUGCGGCAAGAACUACUUCAAGUCGUCGCACCUGAAGGCGCACGCGCGCACGCACACGGGCGAGCGGCCGUUCCGCUGCGCGUGGGCGGGCUGCGAGCGCCGCUUCUCGCGCUCCGACGAGCUGUCCCGCCACAAGCGCACGCACACGGGCGAGAAGAAGUUCGGCUGCCGCGUGUGCGCGCGCCGCUUCAUGCGCUCCGACCACCUCGCCAAGCACGUCAAGCGGCACGCCAAGGAGCGCACGCCCGCGCCCUCGCUGCGCCUGCUGCCCUCCCCCGCGCCGCUCGCCGUGCCGCUCGCCGUGCCGCUCGCCGCGCACUGAUCUCACCACCUAGCUUUAGUACAACUAAGACUGUCCUCCUACUAUGUUAUAAGACUAAGUUAUUCGCUAAGAGAUAAUAUAAAAAAUGAGUAUCUGA